UGAGCGUCGUGAUCGGAGCAAUGACUGAGGAUGGGAUUUCGGUGGAUACGAGGGAUCACGUGAUAGGCAGGGGGAUGGACGUAGGGAGCACGCGAUGGAACGAGGGAGCUCUAGUCAUACAGGCCACAGGGAGGAUCCACACCGAUUCGCACCAGUUUGCUACGAAUGUGGUGAGCCAGGGCAUUAUAGAAACCAGUGCCCAAAAUUGGGUAGGGAUGGAAGCACAAGAUAUCUGGGUCAACGAGAAAGGUCGAUAUCCUCAAGGCAGCGUGCGUGGUAUCAGGAGCCGAGAGCUGCCUUCGAAGAUCCGGGGGUUAAGCACCAGCUAGAGGAACUGGCCGCAUCCUUUGCGACUAUGAAAGAGGCGUUUGAUGUUGAGAACACAGAGAGAGAAGAGAAGAGAAAGCGGAGGAUGGAGAAGCUGGAUCGUAAGAAGAGGGAGGAGGAGAAAGCUAAGGCGAUGGAAGAAGCCCAUUUAGCGGAAAAAAGGCGGGCGACAAGAAAGGAGGAAAAUUUGAGAAAGGAGGAGGAGGACCGAAAGUUGAUGAGAAAGGAGAUGCUAAUGGAAAUCUCCCUUCAUAUGGGACAACUGGACGAGUCGCUUCGGCUUCGAUACGAAAGGGACGAGAUGGAGCGAUCAAAAGGAAAGCAACGGGUGGUAAAGUCGUUGUCCGAUGAUGAUUACGUGGAACCAUAUGAGAGCGACGUUGAUACUUUGAGUCGAAGGGGGAAGAUCCCGACUUCCCCGGGGUCGGUCGGGAAGCUUAAGAUUGUGACUGAGAACCUUAGGGAAUUGAGAAACAUGAUUGUGGAUGAAUUGAAGAGAAUUUGCUUAUCCGAAGAGUCGGUGUACGAAGGGAAGAAGAUGGAAGCUAUUUUAGCUAUCGUCGAGAACCGUACACAACAAGCUUACGGGGAGGAGGAACUGAGGGGCCUGGAGCAGGAGAUGGGAGAUAAUCCGACAGAUGAGGUCAAUGAGGAGGAAGUCGAUGCGGAGAGUGAUACAUGAACGAGGCCGUAAACAAAAUCGCUUGUAUAGA